UCUCGAUUGUUGGUGUAUGUAUUUGUACUCUCCUCAGACGGCGUCAGAAAAUGAGGUGAAGAACUUGGUUUUGGAAAAUUUACAAACCGUUUCUGGGUUGAUACCUUCUUGUUGCACAAAGGAAAUAUUUGAAGGGUUUAAGAAAGUGAAGAAAUUGAAAAUUGCUGGUAAACCAGGGGAAUUUCAUAGUGAGAUUGGAUGGCAUAAUAAUCUUAAAUAUUUAGAAGCGCUCGAGGCACUAACUGUUGCAGUUCGGUACGGCGAAAGUUCUGACAAUGUGCCGUGUUUAAUAAAUCCAAGCAUAGGUUCUUUCCCACCAAAUCUCAAAAAGUUGAAACUUGUCCGCACUCAACUUUCUUGGAACUGCAUAAACAUUUUUAGCAAGUUGCCCAAUCUCGAGGUGCUCGAACUGAAGGAAUUUGCCUCCCUAGGUGAAGAUUGGGAAGUAACAGAGGCAGGAUUCCCUAAAUUGAAGUUCUUACUCCUUGAGUAUCUGGAUCUUCAUUAUUGGACAUCCACCGAUGAUUGUUUCCAAUGCCUUGAGCGUGUGUACAUCAGAGAUUGCGAUAACUUACAAAAGAUCCCAGAAGAAUUUGCAGAUAGUGUGACGCUGUAGCUAAUUGAGUUGCAUAAAUGC